AGAGAUGGGAAAUUACAGGUUCAGGUUAUCAGAUAUGAUUCCCAAUGCCUGGUUUUACAAGCUGAGGGACAUGGGGAGCGGAAGAAAGCAAACAACCACUCCAACAAGGAAGAAAAAACAAUCUUCAUCAACCUCAACAACACAAUCAUCAAAACCAAAGCAACCCCACCAAUGCAAUCCUAGAAAGUCAUACUACUUUACAAGGGAGCUUAGCACAAGCAAUAAAUUCCACACUUCACCACCACACAACCCAAAAGUCCCAGACACCAAUUCACCUGAACCACCAAGAAAAUCAUCCAAACAAAGAACCAGGAAAAGAAGAACAACACCAAGGAACUCUUCACCUAAGCCUCUCAUCAGUAGCACAUAUGUAUCUGCUGGUUGUAGCUGCCGCACCACCCUUGAAUCUGUUUUUACUAAAUCCAAUUCCCCACAAGAAAACUCUUCAUCUCCAUUUGAUAGCUCUUCUGAGUCUGAAUUUCCUGACUUAGAAUUCAGAACAGACCGUGUUCUUCCCACUGAGUCAUUUGAUGAAAUGGUUUCUUUGUCCACCUCUUGUGCCUGCAGGCUAAACUCCAACAACACCAAGGACAUCGUUAUCGAUGUGGACAAGAAUUCCAUACCAAGAAAAGAUGAUAAGCUUGAUGGGUAUGAAACCUUUUCACAACUUGAGCUUCCUCCAAUCAUAACCAAGCCUCCAAAAUUCAAUGACUUGCUCAGUGAUGCAAAGAAGAGAGAACCAAAACCAAAACCAAAACCCAAACCCAGAACCAGAACUGCUACUACACAUGAAGAACUCAACGUUCAAGGAUCUCUCAAGGUUAAAAUUGUGAAGGAAGAAGACACAGAACAAAUCAAAGAACAGAGGAAUGCCCCUGUUAGAAGAUUCUCUGUGAACUCUCCAGGAGUGAAGCUUCGGAUCAAUUCACCGAGAAUUGGUCACCGGAAGGUUCAUUCUCAUGGCCGGAAAAGUGUGUCGUCGACGGCCAGCUCCGGUGGCUCCCGGAGAAGCCUCUCUGAUAGCUUUGCAAUUGUGAAAUCAUCUUUCAACCCACAGAAGGAUUUCAGAGAGUCAAUGGUGGAGAUGAUUGUGGGGAACAACAUCAAGACUUCAAAGGAUUUGGAAGAUCUUCUUGCUUGCUACCUUUCUCUCAAUUCAGAUGAGUAUCAUGACCUCAUUAUCAGAGUGUUCAAGCAAAUAUGGUUUGAUUUGACUGUAACAAGGUAG